AGACAGUUAUUCUCACUCACUGUCUCUCACGCACAGGUACUGAUUAGCCGUUGCUUUGUCUGCCCGACGAUGGAAAACAAGUUCUUGAUUUUAUUGCUGACCAUCGCAGUUCAAUUUCUGUCAACCGAGGGCCGAACGUGUCACUUCUACGACUACUCGAAGUCAUGUUCUGGUUCAAACUGCCCUUUGAGCACGAUUCAGUGUAAAGACGAGCAGGACAAGUGCUUCUCGGUUUAUGGCUACGCAACUGAUGGAACUUUGAAGGCUUUCCAAAUAGGCUGCUGGAAACAAGAUGACGGUUGUUCACAGACAGCGUGCAUAUUUCGGAAAGUUGCGUCAAUACAUUUCUGCUGUUGCACUGGGGACCUGUGCAACUCUUCGCGUCCAACAGGGGUUAAAGUACCAGCAGCAGUUGAUACUUCCAAGUAGUACAAACAAGAUAAUUUAAAGUGGCCAACAGUGCUACUGACCUUCCGGUUUUUGGUAUUCUCUCACAGCUAGCCCAAUGGUGCCGGAGAUCAGACAUUAGUUUUGACGUCUGGAGGUUAAUGGUUUGAAUAAAUUUUUCAUGUCAGAGAGAUCUCCAUUUCGAGAUCGGUAAAACCUGAUGCAAAUAGAACUUUUCGCGGUUUCUGACGCCAUCUUGCUUGGGAAGGGGGCCGGGGCAAACAUGGCAAAAGUUACAGUAAAUGUAUGGGGAAAAGUUAUGUUUUACAACUCACGGAAAAUCUGAGUUCUAAAGUAUCUAUGAAUUAAAAACUAAAGCUACAAGGUAAAACAAUUUACUGAUCGCAUUUGAUGGAAAUAGCCUCGCUAGAAAGGCCACAGUUAUGGUUUUCAUUUUUCCAUACAUUUGUCUGUAAAACCGAGUCACAAUUUCGCGGGAAGAUUUAAAGACAUUUGUAUGAAAAAUUAAGAGUGCAAUUCCUCGCCUCACUGCCAAUCUGUUCUUCGAAUUGAGCCAAAAAUCUGUUGGGUAUCUGUUUCUUGUAACUCAGCACACACUCAGAAAGUCAAUCACUUUCAGCUUAUUGGACUCAUUGGGCAUCGAACUUUUAAAUUCUCCUAACAUUUACUACAAUUGUUGCUGUGCUCGCCCCCGAGCAAGAUGGCGUCAGAAACUGUGAAAAGGUAUACUUGUCGUUGAAGUUGUUCGUCAACGUUAUUGGUGUAGAUGUGAUAGAAUUUUAAAGAUCAGAAAGGUCUAAAAGCGAAAACAAAACAGUUUGUCGUACAAGCAAGCUGAAACUUUUAGUAUAUAAGUCAAGGAUAGUUAUAACACAACCAAUAUAAAAGAUAAAAUUGCAACAAAAUAAUAAAAAUGAAACUUGUUAAUGUA